GGACAAUUGAUUCAGCUUCCUUUCUUCCCUCAAUUCCGUUUGACCUUUUCCCCGGAUAACAAUUUUGUAAAAACGUAAAGGAGAAAAGGUUAUAUAUGGUUUCUUGAUCCAAAACUAUCAUCAAAUUGUUGAAUCAUUAGUUUAUAUUUGAAGGCAUGUGCUGCAAAUGAGACGUUCUCAGCAAUAUUGGGGUUAUUCAGAGAAUUAGUUUAAAGCUCUAACAGCAAGCCUGGUUGACAUCAUUUUGGUGAAAGGUUAGAAUGGCAUCGUCUGCUGACUCAUGGAUGCGUGAAUUUAAUGAAGCAUCCAAACUUGCGGAUGAAGUCAGUUCUAUGAUUUCUGCGAAGAGCUCUUUGCCCUCUUCCGGACCUGAAUCACAGCGCCAUUUAUCUGCAGCUCGGCGAAAGAUCACUAUAUUAAAGACAAGGCUUGAUACUCUCCAGUCCCUUCUGCAAACGCUCCCAAGCAAGCAGCCUUUAUCAAAAAAGGAGAUGAAACGUCGUCAUGACAUGCUUGAUAAUAUGAUUGUGAAAGCUAAUCAGUUGGCAACUACACUCAACAUGAAUAACCUUGCAAAUAGGGAUAGCUUGCUCGGCCCAGAAACUAAGCGACCUGAUGUUAUCAGUAGGGCAACUGGUCUUGACAACCAGGAUCUUGUAGGUUUUCAACGUCAAGUUAUAAAAGAGCAGGACGAGGAUCUUGAUAAAUUGGAGGAGACAGUGAUAAGCACAAAACAUGUCGCGUUAGCAAUCAAUGAGGAGCUCAACUUACAUACUGCACUACUGGAUAACUUAGAUUACCAUGUUGAUACAACAAACUCCCGUCUUCAGAGGGUGCAAAGGAAAUUGGCAUUUUUGAAUAAGCGCACAAAAGGUGGCUGUACUUGGUUGUGCCUAUUGGUCAUAUUCAUCGUUAUUCUAGCCGUUGUCAUCUUCCUAUUGGUAAAGUUCUUGUGAUCUGAUUCUUCUAUUGUCCUCUU